GCACGGAGCUGGAGGAGCGGUGCGGCCGGCAAGGAGCGCUCCCGGAGCCCAGCCCAGCUCGGGGAGGUGCGCUGCGGGCUGAGCCACCCCCGCCCGGACCCAGGCACAGAAAACAGGUAAUAACCAAAGACGGCCUCACAGCAGGAAAGUGAGAUCAGAUUGGCAAUGCAGCAGUGAGUGGCAUGAUUGAAGACAAGACAAAAAUCAGGUUGCAGCAAAAGGUGUGAGCUUCAUAUUUUCUCCCUGAAACUACAGUGUAGCUGAAGAGUUCAAGAUGAUUCCAAAUUACUCUUCUGAAGAAACUGUUAAACGAAUCCAUGUUGACUGUCCCGUUUCAGGAAGGCACAGCUACAUCUACAUUAUGGUUCCAACCGUUUACAGCAUCAUCUUUAUCAUAGGCAUAUUCGGGAACAGCCUGGUCGUUAUUGUCAUUUACUGCUACAUGAAACUAAAAACAGUAGCCAGCAUCUUUCUUCUCAACCUGGCACUGGCUGACUUGUGCUUUUUGAUAACUCUGCCCCUCUGGGCAGCCUACACAGCCAUGGAGUACCAGUGGCCUUUUGGCAACUGUUUGUGCAAGUUGGCAUCGGCGGGGAUAAGUUUCAACCUCUACGCCAGCGUGUUCCUGCUCACGUGCCUCAGCAUCGACCGCUACCUGGCCAUCGUGCACCCGGUGCAGUCGCGGAUCCGCCGGACCAUGUUUGUAGCCCGAAUAACCUGCGUUGCCAUCUGGCUUCUCGCCGGCGUGGCCAGCUUGCCCGUCAUCAUUCACCGCAACAUCUUCUUUGCUGAGAACUUGAACAUGACAGUCUGUGGGUUUCGCUAUGAAAGCAAUAACACGACGCUCCGGGUCGGAUUAGGUUUAUCCAAAAAUCUGCUGGGCUUUUUAAUUCCUUUUCUGAUCAUAUUAACAAGCUACACCUUAAUUUGGAAGACUCUGAAGAAGGCAUAUCAAAUCCAAAAAAAUAAGACUCGAAAUGAUGAUAUUUUUAAGAUGAUUGUGGCAAUAGUAUUUUUCUUCUUCUUUUCCUGGAUUCCUCAUCAAGUGUUCACUUUUCUGGAUGUGUUGAUUCAAUUACAUGUAAUAACAGACUGCAAAAUCACCGAUAUUGUAGAUACGGCUAUGCCCUUCACCAUUUGUAUCGCUUACUUUAACAACUGUCUGAAUCCUUUUUUCUAUGUUUUCUUUGGAAAAAACUUUAAAAAAUACUUCCUUCAGCUAAUAAAAUACAUCCCACCGAAUGUCAGUGCACAUCCAAGCCUAACAACCAAAAUGAGCUCCCUGUCCUAUCGGCCACCAGAAAAUAUCUGCUUGCACACUAAAAAGACUGCUGGGCCUUUCGACACCGAUUGAGGCAUUUCGCAAAGUUCUUCUUUUGAACAACCUUGUGUGCAAAGCAGCAAGAACAAGAUUCAUCUGCGGUCCUGAACACCACAGCUCAUUACAGCAACCCUGGAUCAUCUCAGAGAAAUCAUACUGUGAAGAGUCAGCAGUGGCCUUUCACCUUACAUUGUAAAGAGGACUGCUUGGUUUUAAUUUUGUUUUUCUUUACUAAAAGCGGUGUAAGUGUUGGACAGGUGUGUCAGAGUUCCUGCCAGCAUCCUGCCAUUUGCUUGGAGCUAUGAAAGAAGAGGAGGCAAAACUCCUAACUUACAUUCACAGGUGUUUUAAAAGGAAAAGCUUGUAUAAAUUACAUGUAAUAUGAAGAACAUAAUUUGCAUACAUGUGAGCUUUUCUGUUGAAGGAGUGGAGCUUUGUUGCUUGUUUUGUUGGUGUUUUUCUUAAUUACAUAAAUGUCCUAUAAUCAUAUUUAUAAUAUAUUUUCAAAUAUAUGCUAUAUAUAGAGGCCAAAUUUUAAACUCAAAUGGAAAUUUAAGGUCCUUGAAAUUGGUCUGAUUCUGAUUUAUGCUACUAUUUUUUUUAAUGGCAACUUUUUCAUAAUAAUAUAUGCAAUAAAAUGCAGAUUUAUUUAUUAAAUAUAGAAUAAAUAUAUUUUUUAGAUUUAUAUUCCUACUCAUACAUUUCAAACAUUGCUUCAGAAAUGUACAUUUAUGUCCCAGUGGGUAUUUUUAUAGUAGUUUAAAAAAAUAACUAUAUAUGUGGACACAAAAAUGGGGUUCACUCAGUUUACUCAUGAUAAGCCACCCUGACUUUGAAGAACUUUACAUACAGAGGGAGUUGACUCCAUGCUUUGUAUGACUAAAAGUAAAAUUCUGUAUUUGAAAACAUGAGUUCUGGGAAAGAGGUGAUCAGAAAACUUCGAACUAUUUUUCAUAAUAACCAGGGCACUCGGUGAGAGAAGUUACCAACUAAUCAAAUCUUAGUUUUUCAAAUUGCUGCACAUUUAGUAAACUCAUGAACUGAUAAGCAAAAUUGUGACAAUGCUCAUGUAUCAGUUUAACUAAUAAUACUUUUAGUCCCAUCACGAAACCUCCAAGAUCAAACUUUACUCUUGGCUUCUACGGAAUUUCUCUCCAUUUAUAUAAAACUAUGCCCAGCGUAUUUGCUCCCUGUAGAACAUUUUUUUUUUAUUUAUAUGGAACAAAUUCAGAUUUAUACUAGCAUAAAUCAGAACUAAAGUCUGGCUCAAACUCUUAGUACAAAUGAAGGGGAAAGGUGAUAAGCCCAGUAAGAAGUUUCCACUAAUGAUAUCCUCAUAUGUGUCCUUUUUACCUCAAAUAAUGAGCUUCAGAUAAUAUUUAUUCUUGAUUCACACCCAUUUAUUGUCCUCAAAGAUAAAUGAGUUCAUAAAUACUUUUUGACAUUACAAAACUUAAGAAAAAAUCCAAAACUCUACAUAUAUCCUGUAGACAAUUACAUGACUCUUCAGAAUUUGCAGUAUCUUUAAUCUCCAAAAUUUUACAUCUAAUGUGGCUUUGUCUCAAGUAGUGAGUGGUUGGUUUAUCCAUAUCUUCUGAUGAUCAAAAUCAAAACACAACAAAAAAGUUAUUUCGGUAGUUUAGUACUUUUUAAGGAGAAAAUGGGACAACCAGGUCUAGGAAUCUUCCUACUCUUUCAUUCACUUAUUUUAAGGAAAGUUUUUUUCAGUUUUGCCUUUGUUCUUCCAGCUGCAAAAUGGGAGCAAUGUCUAUUCAUACCUGUCACAAGGCACUGUGAGGAGUCACAAUUUCUAAAGCUGUAUGUUAAAAAAAAGCUCUCCUUCAUUAAAAUUUUAAGUUAUUUUAAGUGCAAGAUAGUAUCUCAACAUUUGAGGCCUAAAUGUCAUUUAGCUAUGCCAUUUAAAGACAAAUUUAAAUUCUUAUACUGAAUACUUUGUAUUUAGCUUGUAUCCUUACAUGUGAGACAGCCAUUUGCUUAAAUUGAACGCGGCAAUAACCCCACACAUUAUCAAUAGUGCCCAGAACAGGACCAGUACCCCAGCACUCUGUAAGCUGGCAAAAGACCAGCAGAGAUUGCCAUUUAUCUGUAUAUUUUAUUCAUGGACACACGUGCACAUGCUGAACAGCAUCAGGAGCUUCCCCCGGCAGAAGCAUCUCUGUUCAGCCAAAAUUCAGUGUGCUGUGUUUGCCACCUGCUGGAUGCAGCCACAAAUUUGCUUACAUCUCAAAAGUUAUCACAGGAAAAAACAGCAACAUUUCCCUGCCACCUGAUGGGUCUGAAGAUCCUCACCUGUGGCAAAACUCCUAUAGAAAUAAAAUACAAACUUGUUCAUCUGGGACACCAUUAACUUCCUUGACGGGGUCUAAGCAAGCCUUGCCUCAUCACCUGCUCAUCCUUUUUGAAACCCAGUGUCCCCAGUCGCCAUAAUAGGGAGCUGAUUUGCAAAACAUUGAUUGCAUUCCUACAAGAGCUGUCUCAAAGAGAGGACAUAAAAAUCAAAGCCAUUGAUUAUUGAUCUUGAUCAUUUCAUGCCAGAUCCUGCAUUUUUAAGAGGCUGUGUAUCCUAGGCUACCGGUGCCACCUGCGCCUACCUGUGUCAUGUGAAAAAGCAGGAGCAUGCACAUUCAGCUCUGUUACUGAAGGAAAGGUAGGAAGGGAUUGCAGCUGGUGUGCUCUGAGGGCAACACUGACCUUGAAUCGAUAGCAAAGAAAGUGGAAGGCAAAGCUGCUGUUAAAUAAUGCUGGGAAAUUUUUGUUCUGCUUAGGAGUAGGAAAACAAUCAUCAGCUGCUGAAUAUGCUAGCUCCUUAAAAGAAAAAAAAAAAAAAACCAAAACCAAAACAAAACAAAAGAAAAAAAAAAAAAAAAAAAACCAAAACCAAAAAAACCCCAGCAAAUCAGCAGAUACUGAAGAGAAUCUAGAGAUAAAACUCUCCAGCAACUCUAACUGGGUAGCAGCAGAAAGUAAACUCUUGGAGCACAGAGUUACUGUCUACAACCAAAUCCUGCAGUUUCACAACAUCCCAAGCUGACAGCUAAGGGAAGAGCCCACAGGACAGACACCCAUGACACUUCAAUCAUGUAUCUGCAACUAAGGCAGGUGCUGAGAAAGGUUAUUGCUGAUCCUUAUGCUCCCCUGCCCACCUAUGGGCUGGAGACCUGUGCGUGGGGCAGGCAGAGGUGAGACAGAGGGGACGGUCUGGCCUUUGCUGGGGACCCUUGGCCGUGUGGUCCCUACUGAGGAGCAGGUAGGAGAUGGCCAGAAUAUUCUUUGGUGCAAGGACCUACCCAGUGCCAGCAAAUGAGGGAGUAAGAUUUGGCUCUGUAUGACUUUGCCAUCUUUCGGGAACUUUCGGUUGAACCCUCUUAAUAUCAAAACAAAACUGCCUAUAGAUGUUUACGAACAAACUCCCAGUACAUUAAAGAACACAGAGUUAAUUAAUAUGCAAUAGUAUGCAGUUAUUUUUAAAAGGAGUAUCCACAGUGCUUUUCAUUCCUGGGAUGACCAAAGUAAAAUACUCCAAACUCAGUCUAUCCUUAUACUCUCCUGUUGUGCAGAGCCCAAAUCAGUACUAAUGGGAACAGCAUAUAACCCUAAAUACAGACAUUACAACUCCUGUUCCACCACAAUUGUAUUUAUUUGAACAAACACCUUUUUUCUGAUGAAUAAUUACUAAAUCACAUAUCUGACAUGUAGAUGCAUAAUAUUUAUUUCUAUUUAUUAUGCAAUAGUACUUUAUAUGGCUCAUGUUUCGUGCUCUACUCUCUGCUUGCUUGCCCAUUGUAUGCUGAUUCUCAAUCAUGCUGUAUACUCUGCGCUGGUUAGCCCGAAUUCCAACAAAACCAUUACAGAUACAGUGGGGAUUAAUGUGGCUUCUUGGCCUAACAAUUUCCUUGUGUUUAAGUUGUUAAUAAAGACGUUGCAGAGUAAGCACAAGACCAAAAGUCUUUUACCAGCAUUACUAUUUCCGUGAUAGUUUCCACUGUCUACUUGAAACUGUGACAGCAGCAGAGAGUGGGGUAAUUCCCAGCAGAGAGUACAGUAAUUUUUCCAGGUUUGGUUUAGUUUUGCUUGAAUAGCUUCAGCAAAGACUUAUUUUUAUAAACCUGACCUCCUUUUUAAGUAUCCUAAAGUGCAGGUAUUCCCAGGGAGAUAUUUGCCACUGAAAGGAGAAAAAUACUUGGGAGAGGGUGGUAGAAGGCCUAAAGCAGGGACUUGCUGAAUUUGGAAAUAUUAAGUGUUAAAUGUAAAUACUUAUUUUUAGUUUUGCAACAGCCUGGGGGGGGAAAAGCACACACACACAAAAAGAAUAAAUCUUUCAGCUUAGUAAAAUCUUCCAGAAAGUUUUGAGAGACUCUAAGUUUCUUAAUAACAUCCUGCUCAGUUUGGAAUACGUCAUACCAUUCCUGCACCGCUCACAAGGUCAGGGUCUCCAGCCCUGCUCUUCUGCAUUGCUUUAUAGGCUUGGCCAGACCCUCAUCACACCAGCUCACGCCAAAUGAGGGCUGUUCUAUCAGUCACUGAGUGCAUCUCAACAGCGACCUCCCAGCCAAGGCUGAACUAACAAAUCCUCAAUGUUACAGCCCAGCCAUCAAGCUCAUUGUCACCAGAGAGCUCUACAGAUGUGACAGGACACUCGAGGGAUUGGGACAGAUCAGAUCAUGUCUGAGAACAGCAUUGUGUGAUCUUUUCAGUGGACUAGUGCCAUGGCCUGCAGCUUUGUACUUGGCAAGUUAGGUAACAAAAACUAGGUAUUAUUUUCUUUUCAAUAUUUUUGUGCAGUUGUAAUUUGUGAAGUGUGGAUGUUAAAUGUUUUCUAUUUCAAUAGAGAAAGUUUUAUAUUGUAGAAUUUUACCUCAAUUAUAUAACAACUUUGAUUGUCUGAAAUAUUACUAAAAACAUACAGGUCAUCAAUAGAUGUCUUUGUGAAAGUCCUCUCCACUGCUGUGUUAAGCACCCAAAGCAAAGAGAUCUGUUUCUGUGUUGUUGUAAGUACUACACUGUCAUCAGUAUAACUACAGCUAUGUGUAUAUAUAUAUAUAUAUCUCUUAGGCAAUAUCAUCCUUAAAGUAUUUCCAUGUAAUGCUGUAACAUUUUAUACCACUAUUCCUCAUUCCUUUUAAAGCACAUCCUAACCCAGCUCUCCCUUAAAUCUUUGAGAUGAACAGGUUGCGUCUACAAUUCAUAAUGGAGAAGAUACCCAGCUAGCUCCAAAAUCACAUGUAGAGCAGCAGUUCAGUAAUUCAUUUCUUUAUCCCAGAAUAGGCUAAGCUAAUAAAGUUUACCUGGAGUGGAGACUUAGCAAAUUGCUAAUUUUCCUAUAUACAGCUUGGAGUUUGAAGCCAAAUUUAGGUUUAACCUUUUAGAAACUAAAUUUAAUUUUAGGGAUAGAUUUAUAUAGAAUAUUGUGUUAAAUACAGGAUCACAUUACAUUAUAAUGGCCCUAAAAAGCCAGACUCAGGCUGCCUGUAGCUGAGUAUUCAAUGCCAAUAUAUCCACUUAGAACAUAAACAGUGCUAUGUCAUACUGUGGCUUCAGUGGAAACACCAUCAGGUUCCACCAUAAUAAGAGAGGACUGGGGAGGGGAGGAGGGGUUGACCCUGAAAAGAAAGGUAGAAUGGAUUUUUGCCAUUUCCAAUUUGUGUGAAAAUAAAUCUCUAGUAAACCCCACUUCAUACUGUCCUACAGUGUCACAUAUUGGGAAAAAAAAUAGUAGCAGCCACUUUGCUACUAUUGACUUUUCUUUCAGAAAAAAAGUUGAAUUAUGCACUUGAAAUCCAUCAGACUAUUAUACACCCAGGAAAUGGAAAACAACAUACUGCCUGUGGGCUUAGAUGACCUUUGCAUACCUAGUCUGAAUCCUUCUCCUGCUUAGUUUAGCCUGAUUUCUCCUCAUGCUUAGUUUAUCACAUCAUACACAAGUAUAUAAAACAAAACCCCAUCAAAACAAGUAAACCAAAAAACAAAACAGAAAUAAAUUACUUUUGUGAAAAUAUGUAUUACAGUAGUGCUAUGCAUAUUUAAUUUUUAAAACACCUAUGGAACACUAAAGGAUCUAAAAUAACUUCAACAAGUUUAUAGUCAUUUAAGUAAUUUUUAGCUUUUAUAAGGAUUAUGUUUUGCACUGUAAAAAGAUCUCCAAGCAUGAGAAGCAAGAUUGCAGACUCAAAGCCCUUUCUAUAAAGCAGCACCAAUAAAGUGAGGCCACAUGUAUGAUUUACAGGAUACUUUUCAAAGACAGGACAUAAAUAAGUGCACAUGAGAUGCAAUGUCCCCUACCAGAGCAAUGUUAAUGUUGAACCUGAGUUUUGCGAUAGGAUUAUUCUAGAUACAAAUGGAAAGAAGCAGUAGAAAAGCAUACUCUGUAUACUAGACUGUACUAUACAGUGCCAUUUUUACAUGUGAAAUCCUGAAGAAUUAUAUUUCUGGUAUUUUUUAUUUGAUGGGUCUCUAUACUGUCGUCUGUAAUUUUUACAUGAGAGUAGCCAGCAGAUAAGCACUGUUCUGUUUAAAAAGAAAUUACCACUUUUUCGACAGCUUUCUGUCUAACAUGACUGUAAAACCAGUAACCUUUUUCACAGAGCUAUCCACAUCAGACUGGUUGUAUUUUAAAAUACUGAAAACAUUAAAACAAUACAAAAUAACUUAAGGAAGUGUCAGUUUAACUUAUACUUCGCACCAUAUGUUUAGACUGUUUUUCAUUAACCCUACAAGUAACUGUGUUUUUAUCUUUAACUCAGCAACAUGGAGCAGAAUCAUGUACAGAGUCUGGCAUGAACACUUGAUUCUAAAAGAUGUGCAUUAUCUGUAGAGCUUAUACCCCAGAAAUUCUAAAGUUGCUCAUAAUUUUUUUUUUGGAUCAGCAACAUUUGUGAUUCAAUAGGCUAUUAAUUAAAGAAAAACUGAAACAUU